AUGAUAGGAAAUAUGAAUCGCACUAAUGGUGAAAAAAGUCAACAGUCAUUAUGGAAGAAAUUAACAGAGAAAGUGAUAAAAGAUUACUCAAAUGCGUACAGACCUACUCCGAAUCAAAAUCAACCGCCGACAGGAAGUUUCAAUGGAGAAAUCAUGCGUGCUCCACCUGCCAUGUACCAUCCACCCACUAAUAAUCCAAGACAGCCUACCAUUUAUAAUCCAGCAUCAACGUCGCCAGAACACUCAAAUCAACAAAAUGAGGUGAGUAUAGAAAAUGUAGAAUAUUUAUCAGAUGGAGACUUCUUUCAAUUGGGUAUAAUAUGCAUGGGAGAUAAAUGUCGACUGAAAUCUCGAUGUGUAAAAUUAACACAAGGUUUGUCAGAUAAGUUUGUGUUUCAUGGUGAAGAUAACUAUGAAGAACUGGUUGAAGAACACUAUACAGAAGAAAUAAUCAAACCUAAUACUGCUUCAUCACAAACCGGACAGACAGAACUUACAGCUGGAAAUGCUUUAUCCCCAGGUUCAGAAAUUCAAGUAGAAAUGGGAGCUGAAGCAAGAUUUGAAAUGGGUGAUAAAGACAAUGUUGUAAAAACAGAACAAAGUAUAAAAGCAGAAUAUAUUGGUACAGUUAUAAAAGCUUUUGAUACUGGAGGAACAACUGAACAUGACCCCGAAAGACCUACAAGUGGUAAAGAAAGUAAAUUGACAGUCAAAAUGGAAGAACGUGCUGUAUUUGAGACUGGUAAUAAAAACAACGUUAUUGAAAAUCUGUUAAAGGUAGAAGCAAAUGAAAUAAAUAAUGUUGGCAGAAAUCAAGGCCCAAGUGGUUCUGGUCUACCAGGAAUACCGAAUCUUGGUGGUAAUAUUAAUAUAACACUGGGAGAAAAUGCUGCAUGUAAUUUGGGCAAUAAUAUGGCAAAUAUUGAAAGAAAGCCCGAUCGCUGGAAGAAAGAACGUCUGAGAGAAGCUUUUAAAAAUGAAUUUGGUUCCUUUAUAUUCAAAAGGCUUAUACAGAUCUAUAACCAGCCAUUUGUUCAAAAGAAAGGACCAGUCAGGAUAAAGCCAGAAGUAAAAAAAGGGAAAACAUUAGAUCAAGAAGAAUGGAAUGUAUUAAUAUAUGAACAAAUGAUAAAGGAUACAUUUGAAGAACUCUAUAAUUUGGUGGCUGAACUAAGUAAACAACCUUCUGCUGCUGGGCAACAAAAGGCAGGAAUCGUUGAGGUAAAUAAGAAUAACGAAAGAAAAGAGAGUGGGGUGUCAAUAGUUGAACUGAAGAAAGACACACAUAAAGAGGCCUUACUAAAAUCACUUCCCAAGUCCUCAAGAUCGCAUGUUCCUUUAGCAACGGCUGAACUAAGUAAACAACCUUCUGCUGCUGGGCAACAAAAGGCAGGAAUCGUUGAGGUAAAUAAGAAUAACGAAAGAAAAGAGAGUGGGGUGUCAAUAGUUGAACUGAAGAAAGACAAACAUAAAGAGGCCUUACUAAAAUCACUUCCCAAGUCCUCAAGAACUAGGACUUCAAAAAAACCAGCACAUAGUGUAGAAUAUCGUAGAAAAACAACUUUGGGUAUUCGAAAAACUAGUGGUGCUGAGAAAUUUUCGGGAGUAACAUAUAAUCCUUUUGGAGUGGAGGUGACCAAUGUGGUUGGGAGAGGAAAGCCAACAUGGUGGGAUAAUUGA